AUGGUUAAAACAAAUCUAUACACAAUUUUAAUUAUUACACUCAACUUUACUACAUUUGCUGUUCCAUUAGAUUGGUGGGAAGAUGCAUCACUUUACCAGAUCUAUCCAAGAUCUUGGAAAGAUAGUGACGGCAAUGGAAUUGGAGACUUAAAAGGAAUAACCGAAAAUCUUGGUUAUAUCAAAAAAAUUGGCAUGACGGCAACUUGGCUAUCGCCAAUUUUCAAAUCACCCAUGGCUGAUAAUGGUUAUGAUAUUACCAAUUUCACCGAAAUCGAUCCAAUCUUUGGAACAAUGGACGAUUUUGAUGCUUUAAUAAAGAAAUCCAAAGAAAUUGGUAUUAAAAUAAUUUUGGAUUUUGUGCCAAAUCAUUCGAGUGAUGAAUGUGAAUGGUUCCAAAAGUCAGUCAAUCGAGAAGAUGGAUACGAUGAUUUUUAUGUUUGGGCUGAUGGCUUGGAUGAUCCGAAAAAUCCAUUAGGACAAAAAUUACCUCCAUCCAAUUGGGUCAGUUUACUUGGAGGACCAAUGUGGAAGUGGAACAAAAAACGUCAUCAAUUCUAUCUCCACCAUUUUUUGAACCAACAACCUGAUUUCAAUUUCAGAAAUGAAAUAGUUCACGAAAAAAUGUUUGAAAUUAUGAAAUUCUGGCUCGAUCGUGGUGUUGAUGGUUUUCGAAUAGAUGCUGCUUCACUAAUGUACGAAAAAGUAUUUGAAAAUGGAACGUAUCCUGAUGAAGAUCGAAAUACUGUUACCUACACUCAGAAUCAGUAUGAAACUGUACAGUUGUUGUACGAUUGGAGGAAAUUUUUGGACAUUUAUCAAAAAGAAAAUGGUGGAGAUACAAGAUUCUUGCUUGCUGAAGCAUACUCACCGAUUUCAUGGCUUGAUAAGAUCAUUGGCAAUAGAACAAAAAAGGGUGUUCAUAGUGCAUUCAAUUUUGCAUUAUUAGAAUUGAAUAAAACUGCAAAUGCAAGGAAUGUAGAAAACCUGGUCGAUUCGUGGAUGAAUGUCAUGUGGAAGAAGCAUCAAAUAGCCAAUUGGGUGACUAGCAACCAUGAUAGAGACAGAAUUACAGAAAAAGUUGGUCAAAACAAAACAGAUUUAAUGUAUUUCUUGGUUACUGGUUUACCCGGUAUAACUAUCACUUAUUACGGUGAAGAAAUUGGAAUGUCAAAUGGUGAUAUUUGCACAAAUUGCUCUAAACAUUUAAAGCGUAAUAAUGAAAGGACUCCUUUCCAAUGGAACAACAGUACAUCAGCUGGAUUCUCAUUGUCGAACAAUACCUGGUUACCAGUUAAUAAUAAUUACAAAAAUGUUAACGUACAAAAUCAAUUAGCUUCGGAAAAAAGUCCUUUGAGAAUUUUCAUAGCAUUGCAGAAAUUAAAAGAAACACGUGCAUUCAAAUCAUUCAAGGACAAAAAUGGUUUUAGUUAUAAUUCUGUUAAUGAUAAUGUUUUUCAAAUUAUUCGUCGAUCAUCAGAUGAAGAAUAUCGUUUCUUGAUCAAUUUCGGUGAUAAUGAAGAAGAUAUUGGAAGUUUUUUAAGUUUAGAAGAAAAUAGCCAAAACAAUUUAAUGGAAUACAGAGUUGUUAGCAGAAACUCUCCGCAUGCGAUUGGAGAUACUGUAAAAUUGACAGAUAUUAUACUAAUGCCAUUUGAAGGAAUUGCUUUGAGAAGAGUUUACAAAGACUAA